CCUCAAAAAAUCUUGUACAUUAUCUAAGCUCCUCAUACCCUUUUCCAGAUAUUCACGAAAUAUAUCUCAUUUACACUUGCCAACUAUAGCAUGAGAUGAUUUUGGUUUGAAUGGAACUGCUUGUCCAAUAUAGUUUGGCUCCGGCUCCGCCCCCGAUCUCGAACAGGGCACGCGUACUUGGUUACAAAGCCUGUAGUUAGUAUAGUAUAGCUUUGUUUUAUCGCGGUUAAAGUCCGUGAUCAGUUUAUUCAGAGCAGCCUACUGGACUCACAUUCGCUAUACCACUCAACAAUAAUUGCAAUCUUUAUUGCUGCUGAGCUUAUUUUAACAGUGGUGAUCAGGUCCACUUAUUCAACAAAGAUUGUGAUUGUGAUGGAUGUCCAGUGUCUUUAGACCUCUGUGUUAAUAUUUAUUCUUUAUACUGCAUGCGAUGAGAACACAAUCUCUCGGAAUUUAAGAUAUCUUUUGCAUGGUAUCUUUCAUCUUGACUACUCACUGACGUUCGAUCACGACGAUGACGUCGUCUGGGGAAGACCUGCCAUCGGAGGAAAUGGAUGACGAUCUACCACCUCUCCUUCAGGCUGCCAGGAAUGCCGACGUCGCAGCUUUCAAGAAGAUGCUCGAAGACGGGGACGAUGUCCUGCAAAAAGAUGAGGACGAUCGGACGGUAUUACAUUGGGCCGCGCAGAGCGGAUGUGUACCUAUUAUCAUGGCUGGAGUUACCCGAGGACUUAUUUGGCAUGUCAAUGCUAGGAGCAAGCGUGGUCUGAGUCCCCUUCACGAGGCUUGUCUAGCUGGCUAUGUACGUACUGUUCAUCUACUGAUAUCUAUAGGAGCAAACAUGGAAGCAGAAACUGAGGAGGGGUAUACUCCGUUACUCUGUGCCGCUGGUAACGGUCAUAAUGAUAUCACACGAAUCCUUGUUGGAGGUGGCUGUGACCCCAACAAAAACUUACCGGUGAUAGGUGUAAACGCCCUUCAUAUAGCCGCCUGGACGGAUCAGCCAGAUGUUUUAGCUGAUCUACUCGCCAUGGGAGGGGAUAUCAACAAGAAAAGCUUGACGAGUAAAACAGCCAUGGAAUUUGCGCGUGAGCAGAACCAUACUGACUGCGUUAAUGUACUCCAGAAACAUGAACAAAAGUCGCAGCAGCAUUUCAAACAGCAGCUAAGUGAACAAGAAAGUUACUUCCGAACCAAACUCAACCUCAUAGCCGAUAAGAUCCAUAAGUAUUACGAUGAGCGUCUCAAGCAGGAAAUCGAGUACUUUGAACAGCAGUUACAAGAACAACACGACAACGACGUUGAGAUCAUCUCCAAACUCAAGUCACGCAUUGACCACUUGCUCAAAACUGAACUCGAUGACGAUGACGAUGAAGAACAAGAUGAAGCAGGCCCGGAUGUGGGUGGGAAGAUAGAAAGCGAAGUGCAUGUAGGCGAUGAGAAAAGUUCACUGCAUCCGGAUAGGAUAGCUGGACAGAAUUCAAAGAUGUCCUUGAGAAGAAGAAGACGAAGUAGCCAGUUUGCUCAUCGACCGAGGAUGUUUAGCAUCACCACUCCUCACAGUCCCGUUGAGCACGAGUCUUCCGAUGACGAGCAAGUCCACGGCCCACGACGUCGGUAUGAUAGACAGAUAAGCGUGGAUGGACAUCGUCAACCGAGGCGACUAGGGAGUGGACGACCGGGCAGUGGGCGGGCGGGAAGCGGGAAAGCUAAAUCAAUGACCGAGUUAGUGGAUGAUGUUAGCAAAAAACCGUCCAGUGUAAAUUUUGUGAAACACCAGGGAAGUGCGAGAGGGGAGCAUGGAGACAUUGAAACGAAUCACAAUUCAUCAAAUAUGUCUCUACCAGGUGUGCCGGCUAUACGUCUUCUUCAACCGACCAAGCCGACACAUCCGCGAUCAUCCACGUCACCGCGUACGAGAUCCACCACGCCAUCGCAUGCGAUGUCAUUUACACCUUCCAACUCAUCCCUUUCCCCUUCUCCGCCACCGCCUUCUCCUAUAAGCUCCACUCCAAACAUGACCAUGUGUUCUAUGAGCCCCAGCCCUUCAAACUUAUCUACCUCAGAUUCUGUCUUCCUGGAUGGAAACGAUAACCAUUUGACCGCCUCUCCAAAGCCCAAGUCGAGACGGAGUAGCAUCGCCGCUUUUCUGCGACCUCACUUCAAAUCAAGCUCAAGCGUCGAGGAGGAAGAGAAGUCACGGCGUAGGAGCGUAGAGACUAAGAUGACCAAUGCCAAGUCAUCAGCGCCACCACCUCGUAAGCCCCGUAAGAAAGGGUUCUCAUUGUUCUCAAUACCGUUGCCGGGUAUUUCCUCGGGAAUGAUUGAAGAGGAUUCGUUAGAAGAUGUCGAGAUGGGUCAGACAGGAUCAUAAUGAACUAAUCAACAUCAAUUGUGUAACGAGUUUUUUUAUUUAAUUAUAUACUUAUCGUUAUCAUUUUAUAUCUAUAUUUCAUGUGUGAUCAUCUGCUCAUUCUUUCUCUUAAUUUUUUUCUUGCCCUUAUACUAGUAUACGCCUUCCUCGCACAUCAUUGUAUAUUUAUCUCCAACCAGUCCGUCGCUCUCUUUUUCUUUCUCUCCCUAUCCCAUCUCCAUUUCUCUCUCUCCCUUCCUCUCUCUCUCUCUCUCUCUCUCUCUCUCUCUCUCUCUCUCUCUCUCUCUGUUCUCUCUCUCCCAUCCUACCUCUCUCAUGAUACCUCGUAACUAUGUAUUCCCCCUCUAUUUCUCUUUCUUUGUCGACCUUUCAUUUCUACCAAUACAAGUACAUGUAGAUGCAAAUAAAUAACCAUUUCAACAUGUUCAAAUCUUAUUCAUCUACUGCCUUGUAUAAACAAAAGUUUAAAUACAUCUGUAUUCUGUACUUGUGUCUGGCACUUUUGUACCUCAGGAAAAAGAAAAUGCUACGUUAAGUUUAGAUCCAUCUAUUGGUGGAAAUCAUGUUACCAUAGACUCUGAUAUCACGCUAUUAUUUUACACCUGGGUAAAACAAAAGAUUCAAUUGCACAAAAUGUGUGAAUUUAUCAAUUUAUUACAAAGUUUCUUGGCUAUAUACACAUUAUAUAUAAAAUAUUUACACCAUCACAAGAUAAACUGCAUAUUUCACAGAAACAGAAACAGUCUGAUAUGGAAAGCAAUAAAUUACAUCUAAAUUGCAUUGGUUUCUGGUUUCUAUUUUUCUUUCGAUUCUGUCUUGUUCAUGUGUGUGCUGGUGAAUGUGUCACAUCAAAGGUUGUAGAAAUGAUUUAAUACUAUCAUAUCUGAACACCUACCCUC